CUCUUUCCUUUAUUGGUUGGUUCAUUAAUGUUAUUAACGGUGACAGAGAGAAGCAGGGGUCACGAUUAUGGAGAUGCAUUAUCGAAGAGUAUAUUGUUCUUUGAAGCUCAGAGGUCAGGGAAGUUGCCACCAACACAGAGGGUUACUUGGAGGAAGGAUUCCGCCGUCCACGACGGCGAUCAAUUUCAGGAAGGCGUGUCCCACUUGUACCGCAAAGUUGACUUGGUUGGCGGUUACUACGACGCGGGCGACAACGUGAAGUUCAACUUUCCAAUGGCAUUCUCAACAAGCAUGCUAGCAUGGAGUGUGAUACAGUUCGGGAGUUCCAUGGGAGCAGAACGAAAGCACGCUUUAGAGGCUAUUCGUUGGGGCGCGGAGUACUUGAUGAAAGCAACUAGCGUCCCUGGCUAUGUGGUUGUACAGGUUGGUGAUCCGUACAGUGACCACAAUUGUUGGCAGAGGCCUGAAGACAUGGACACUUCUAGAACCUUCUAUGCGGUUAGCAAGGAGUACCCUGGUUCUGAGGUUUCCGCGGAGAUUGCAGCUGCGCUUGCAGCCUCUUCCAUUGUCUUUAAACGAUAUCAACUUGCUUAUUCUGCUAGGCUUCUCCGAAGAGCUAGAAUGGUGUUUGAGUUUGCAGAUAAGUACAGAGGAUCUUACAAUGACGGCCUUGGACACUGGGUAUGCCCAUUCUAUUGUGAUUAUAGUGGCUACCAGGAUGAAUUGGUGUGGGGAGCAGCAUGGUUGUUUAAGGCUACUAAAAACUCUUAUUAUCGGAAAUACAUUGACGAAAACAUUCACAACCUCAAAACCUUCGCUGAAUUUGGAUGGGACUCCAAGGAUGCUGGCAUCAAUGUGCUUCUUUCUACGCUUAUGAUUAAUAAUAGUAGUAACUCUAAUGCGGACAAGUUUAUCUGUUCUGUGCUACCUGAAUCACCUUCCCUAUCAGUUUCAUACUCUCCAGGAGAGCUUAUGUUCAAACAAGGAGGGAGUAACUUGCAACAUGCAACGGCAUUUUCAUUUCUUUUCCUGGUUUAUGCUGACUAUUUGAACAAAGUUAAUAGACACGUUGACUGUGGGGGUAAAGCUUCUGCAAUAUCCCCAACGCGACUUAUACAAUUUGCCAGAAGUCAGGUGGAUUACAUAUUAGGAAGCAACCCAUUGAAGAUGUCAUACAUGGUAGGGUACGGAGAAAAGUAUCCAAAAAGAAUACAUCACCGUGCAUCUUCAUUACCUUCCAUAGAUAUGCAGCGUGGCCACAUCGAUUGCAAAGGAGGAUCCUCUUAUUUUCAAAGCCAAAACCCUAAUCCCAAUGUCCUUCUUGGAGCUCUAGUUGGGGGACCUGAUAUCAAUGAUCAAUAUGCUGAUUCUCGAUCCGAUUUUGUGCACUCAGAACCUACAACCUAUAUAAAUGCACCUUUUGUUGGUGCUUUGGCAUAUUUCAAAUCACAUUCAUCCUCAAAACCAAAUUAA